UUUGUGAAGUUAUAUUCAAUUUUUUUUGGGGGAUUUGGACAUAUUUACCCUUUUGACUAGUUUUUGUCCCAGUUUUGUGGUCUGGAAUAUUUGGGAUGUUUUGUGUUGGAUUUUUCUAUGGAUCUUUGGUUCCAAUUCUGUUUUUCUUUCUUGAGUUGGACUAGUUGUUUUGGUAUAGAGGGUAUAGUUAUAUUUUUUUGGACAAUUAUAUGCUGUUCGGGGGUUGUUUCUUAGCAACAAUGCAAGUUAUUUUCUGUUUAUUUUUUAGUUCAGUGGAAUUUUGUUUUUGGGAUCUAUCUUUUGGAACAAAUAGGGAUUUCCCAAAAAUGUAAUCUUGAAUCUUUAGGAUUCACAUUGGAGCCUACUUUACCUGAGCCUUCUUCUCCAUCUCCAUCUUCAUCUCCUAUACAGAAAGAAACUCCAUUGUUGAUACCUCCUAGUCCUAUGUUGGAGAAGAAUGAAGUAGAACAUGUGAAUGCAAUAAGUGAAGAAGAAGAAGGAGAACAAGUGGCAGAUUCAAUUAAAAUAUAUCAACUUUCACAAAGAAGAACCAGGAGACCUUUUUCAGUGUCUGAAGUACAAGCGCUUGUGGAAGCUGUUGAGACCCUUGGAGCUGGAACAUGGCGUGAUGUUAAAAUGCGUGCUUUUGAUGAUGCAAACCAUCGAACUUACGUGGACUUGAAAGAUAAAUGGAAAACUUUGGUUCACACAGCAAGCAUUUCGCCUCAACAAAGAAGGGGAGAGCCGGUCUCACAGGAGCUUCUUGACUGGGUCUUGGCAGCACAUGCUUAUUGGUCUCAACAUCAAAAUGGAAACAUCAGAAGACAACAAUGUAAAGAAAAGUUGAUGUGA